AUGAGAGAACCCAUCAUCGACGAAAUGAUGGCAUUUAUUGGAUUAGGGUCCUAUCAUCUGGAUGCCGAAGAGUUAGCAGGCUUCGUAUGGGAGCGCGACUUCUACGAUAUCGAAAGUGAUGAUAAUAUUGCUUGGGGCGAUGUGGACUCCAUUACACAAGCAUCAUUCCACCGCACAACCAAGUUUGGUGGUGGUUUUGAUACCAAAUAUCCUGUCUCACAGGGCGUCAAAGACAUUAUUUCCAAGUACAAGCAGGGUUGUGACCUGGUUGCACGCCUUCCAUCGACACAGCGUAAUGGCCAUUCCCUGUCAGUCACAUGCCGGGGCCUGCGGCGAGCUGAGGCUCUGAAACGCCUGACGCAAAAACAGCGUGCCUCUAAGCGAAUCCGACCCUGGUUUCCCCAGGACCCGGAGGUUGACGCCAUUUUCUCGGCAUGGGAAACCAAAAUCCCUGUCCAGGCCAACAAACGUAUCCCUGACCAAAGCUGGAAGGCCGAUUCGGACACACUCGACAAAAGCCGGAUAAUGUGGGUGAAGCCUGCACACCUCGAGGAGGCAUAUAGAAGAGAAAAGUCGACUUCAAAAGAAGACUGGCCCGAUGAUGAACCACAGAAAAUCAUAUACGGUCAUCGACAUGGCUUGUACAUUAUCGCCGAUGGACGAUACGACCCAGUUACCGACGAAACCGAGGAAUCCACUGAGGACUCCGAUUCAGAGGAUUAG